AUGACUCCGGCAGAGGACGAAAGGUCCCCGCUUUCUACGCCAGAGGUGGAGCAACUGAGCCAGUCCCUUCCGCCGCCGGAGGUGGAGAAACGGAGCCAGUCACUUCCGUCGCCAUACCCGUCUCCACCAAAACAGCGGCAAGAGUUGUCUCCAAUUUCACUGCCGUCGCUGUCGCAGCAGGACAAGCCACUUCCGCCGCAGCCGCCUAUCCGACAGCCGUUUCCGUCUGUAUCUCCGGCUCCGACACAGCGCAACCAGGCGAGUUAUGCCGUAUGUUCCCAGUGCGGUAAGGUGUUCUCUUCCUACCAGGCCUUGGGGGGCCUCAAAGCCAGCCAUCAUAAGUUCCCCGCCGAAAACAAGCCUCACGCUUGCUCUUUUUGCUCCAAGUCGUUCGCGACGGGGCCAGCGCUAGGCGGGCACAUGAGGGCUCACUACGAGAGGAUUAGACGGCAAGCCGCAGCCGAGAACAGGCCGAUGGCUGGGCCAUCGUCCUCGCUGACUGAGUGCUCGACGGCGAUGGGCUUGUUAAUUGACCUCAACCAGGAGGCGAUGCCGGAAGCGGAAUUGGCUAAGGAAGAGGAAACAGUGAGCUCUCAUCCGGCGGCGGCGGCCACCUCUCCCCCUCCUCGCUUCUUUACUUUCUUUUAA